AAUUCCCAUAAUUCAUUUCUUUUGGUGUUAGAUUGAGUGUAUCUUUAGGGAUGGCCAUUCCAAGAUCUGCUUUGUCUUUAAUGUUACACUAACUUAUUUCAUUUUCAGAGUUUUUGGUUAGUUUCUGAUUUAUUUUAUUUUAUUUUAUAUUUUUUUGCCCGUGACAGUUGCUGUCGUUUUCCCCUUCCUUUAAUUUUUUCAGUUGUACCAAGACAAACUUCCAUGUCUAAGCCAUAAUAUAGAUAACAAAUGCUCAAAUAGCCUCUUCUUUAUAAGCCCUUUAUCUUCUCUAAAAAAAAAAAAAAAAAGCCACGGAGAGAGAGAGAGAGAUGAAGCAUUUUCGUUUGGCUAUUCUUCUUGUGGUGAUUUUGGUCCAUCAACAGAUCAGCCUCCACAGUUUUGUUGAAGCAAGAAAUGAUGGUUUCAUCAGAACUUGGGGACACCAUUUUGUGUUGAAUGGAAACCCAUAUUAUGCCAAUGGAUUCAAUGCCUAUUGGUUAAUGUACAUGGCUUCUGACCCUUCACAAAGAUAUCUAGUUUCAAAUGCUCUUAAAGAAGCCUCUAGCCAUGGCCUAACUGUGGCUAGAACUUGGGCUUUCAGUGAUGGAGGUUACAGACCUCUUCAGUAUGCUCCUGGCUCCUACAAUGAGCAAACUUUCAAGGGGCUUGAUUUUGUUGUGGCUGAGGCAAGAAAGCAUGGGAUCAAGCUAAUCUUGAGUUUGGUGAACAACUAUGAGAACUUUGGAGGGAAGAAGCAGUAUGUGAACUGGGCUAGAAGUCAUGGGCAGUAUUUGACAUCUGAUGAUGAUUUCUUUAGAAACUCUGUUGUAAAGGGUUACUACAAAAAUCAUGUAUCUACUGUUCUGAACAGAUACAACAGCUUCACUGGACUUCACUACAAAGAUGACCCAACAAUCAUGGCUUGGGAGCUCAUGAAUGAGCCAAGAUGCACUUCUGACCGUUCUGGAAGGACCAUUCAGGCAUGGAUAAUGGAAAUGGCAGCCCAUGUCAAGUCCAUAGACAGAAACCACUUACUUGAAGCUGGUUUGGAAGGGUUUUAUGGGCAAUCAACCCCUCAGAGGAAAAGCCUCAAUCCUGGCUUUGAUAUUGGAACAGAUUUUAUUGCCAAUAACCGAAUCCACGGCAUAGAUUUCGCCACGGUUCAUUGCUAUCCUGAUCAGUGGCUGUCUAGCUCAAAUGAUCAAAAACAACUUUCUUUCUUGAACAACUGGCUAGACACACACAUCCAAGACGCGCAAAAAAUUCUCCGAAAGCCAUUGCUCCUAACAGAAUUUGGAAAAUCAGGGAAGGACCCCGGUUUCAACACCUAUCAAAGAGACCAGCUCUUUAACACCGUAUACUACAAGAUCUACUCGUCGGCCAAAAGAGGAGGAGUUGCCGGUGGUAGCCUGUUCUGGCAGCUCCUAACCGAAGGCAUGGACUCUUUUCGCGACGGAUACGAGAUAAUUCUCAGCCAGAGUUCCUCAACUGCAAAUAUAAUUUCCCAACAAUCUCACAAGCUCUAUCUGGUUCGCAGAAUCUUCGCAAGGAUGAGAAAUGUUGAGAGGUGGAAGAAGGCAAGAGCAGCUAGAAGGGCUCAAUGGAUGAACAGAAACAAAGGCAAACGCAUAGGAAACUGACGAAAUGAAACUAUUUAAAUAAGAGAAAUGGACAUUAGUAAUGUCAUAAGCAAUAUAUAUACUUGUUUUUGAAGUAGUUUGUGUAGUUUUUCUUAAAGGGUGUCUCUCUUUGAGAUGAGUUUUUUCUUCGUCCAGGAGGGUUGUUGCUAAGAUUACCAAGUAAUGUUUUGUCGGUCGUGUACUAGAAUUUACGUUCAAGUGUUUCAAAGUGACAUGUUUUUGAGGGCUCUCUGAACAAGGAGAGAGCCUCAGAUUUGUUUUGUUUCACAUUUUGUUUGUGUUGCUAAAGAAUGAGAAAAUAUGCCUUAUUGCUUCUGCUA